UUCCUAAAUUUUACAAAUUCAAUAUGGCAGCUCCCAUCAUCUACACAUGAUGUUGUACACUCGGCUGACUUGUUUUUGUGACUUGUGACUUUGAAUUUCAAAUUUCUUACAAUACUACAUAUACAGUAAGAUACCAAUUACAAGAGAGGGUGAUGUCAAAGAAGAGUAACUCCUUUGUAACUGACCUGGAGUUUUGUCCAACAUGCGGGACAAUUCUUCCUCUUCCAGGAAUGGACGACUACGUCACAUGUAAACUGUGUGGUUACAAGAUCCAUGUCCAAGAAUUUGAUGGAGUCAAAAUCACAUCAAGCAUUGUGUUCAACCGCCCUGAAACUCUGCAGACAAAUGCUGAAGAAGGGGAGACAAGCAGCGGACCUCUGGCUGACAGAAAAUGCAGCAAGUGUGGGCACGAGAAGAUGUCAUACACAACUCGACAAACCCGAUCGGCUGACGAAGGACAGACUGUCUUCUUUACUUGUCUAAACUGCAAAUCCCAAGAAAUAGAAUAUUCCUGACCCGGCCAUCCUGUUUAUUGCUUCAUUUACUAACAUUGUUUGGUCUGUGUUUGAUAAUUUAGACUUGUGAGAUUUAUACUGUUUGUGUCAUUCAGAAUAAAUCUGAUGCAUUUUGUUA